CUACACUUCAUUUGUUUCAUUCAAAGAAAAUUGACCAGAAAUUUAUUGAAAUGUAUGUGCAUGUUGGAAUGAAUGUACAUAGUUAGCACAAGAAUUUUUUUUCAAUAUUUGAUCCAGCUAGUCAUAAAAUCACAAAAUUGUGUUUUCAUCAUUAAUUAAAAAGAAUUUUUUUUUUUUGCAGGUUUUAUGGUCUAGGGCAGAACAGGAAUAAUGAUGUAAGGAAGUUUAAAAAUGGAAAUUUAAAGAUUGUGUGUAGGCGGAAGGCAUAGACUGGAAUAAUUCUCAGCUGUCAUGUUUAUUAUUUCUUUGAAGCAUCAUGCCUUGUUUUAAAUGCUAAAAGUCAUCUUGGGCUAUUAUUUAUUUAUCAUAAGUACCAACAGUGACAAGAUAGUGUUAUGUUAGAAGAAGACCAUGCAACUGAAUGACACUGGAGCAAUUUAAAAAAAAUUAGGCCAAGUCAAUAAACCAAAACAUGAUAUUAGUUUAAAAUGUAUUUUCUUGUAUGCAUAAAAUGAGCUAUGCUUUCCUUUUCUCCAAGAUUGUUUAUCGCUAAAUAUUUUUUUGAAACAUCUUGAAACAAGCUUGUGUUAUUACUACAACAAGGCAAAAGUUUGUGUGUAUUUUGUGUACACAAUUGGUGUACAAACAAAGAAAUAUUUCAGAAUGAGCUUAUCAACACUAUUUUGGGUACAUGGGGAAACAAAAAAAGGGUAGAUGAUUGGGUCAUAUAAAGAAUGUCAAUCAAAUGCAAAAAGAAAGCAUUGCAAGGAAAGAAAAAAAGCCUACAUACACAACACAACUUUUUUUUAUACAAUAUCUUUUUUUACCUAACGAAAGGACAGAAAGUUAAACAAAAACAAAAGUUAAAUAAGCACACAAUUAUCGAAGAUAGAUUGGGAAAAGUCUAAAAUUUUUGUUUAUUUAGACUAUAUCUUGUAGUUUUCUCUUAAUUGGAACACAAUGAUAAUGGGUGGAAUAAACUGCUUUUGAUCCAUUUUAUUUUUCUUUUAGACAUAAAUAUCAGUGUGAUGGAAUUUGACAUAUACCCUCCGCUCAUUGAAUGCUUUGCAAUUGUCUUAAUGGGGUUUAUUUGCAAUAGAUGCAACUUGAUUACGUCUACUCAAGGCAAGGGCAUCAGUUCCUAUAUAUGUUACAUGGCACUUCCUGCAUUAAUUUUUCAAGCUUUGAUUAAAGUGGAAUUUUAUUCCAUCAACUGGCGAUUGUGGGGUGGAUUGUUACUGAGUAAAAGCUUUUUAUUUUGUGUGGUGUGUUUGGUGACGUUUUUUUUCUACAAAAAGAAUCGUAUUGGAAAGGCUGGUUUGUUUGCAAUUUUUGUGACGCAGUCAAACGAUUUUGCAUUCGGCUUACCUUUAUUUAAAACUAUCUUCCAUUCCACUUCCAACAAAUAUUUAAUCGACUACAUUUAUCUGGUUGCACCAAUUAAUUUAGCUUUAUUGAAUCCAAUUGGUUUUGCCAUGAUGGAGUUUCAAAAAGCAAAAAACACUAACUACAGCCUGUUGUCGCAAGACGAUGUUCACAUGCAACCAGACGAAGCAAAUAAAGGAAACAAAGCCUGUACCAUGAAAAAUGUAAUAAUGUCAACUGCCAAAGGCCUUAUUUUCAAUCCACUUAUUUUUACAAUGGUACUUGGUGUUUCUGGUAAUUUUUUAUUGGGCCAACAUAUACCUCAUAUGUUGCAAAAUUUGCUCAAUGCCUUGUCAGGUUCAUUUGGUGCAACAGCAUUGUUUUACCUUGGAUUCAGUCUUGGCACUAAUUCGUUAAAAGUGAAUGGUUUGGCACUGGUGCUACCUGUACUUUUGGUGGCUUUAAAAGGUAUAUUACUUCCCAUUGUUAUGAGGGAGAUUGUAGUGAACCUUGUGCAUGGGUCUGACCAUUCUUUGCCAUCAAACAGAUCUUCCACUGGUAAUCAUACACAAGACCUUUCUACCUUUGCGUUUUUUUAUGGCACCAUACCUACUGCACCCACAGUCAUUAUUUAUGCUUCAAAAUAUGGAAUUAGUGAGGAUAUUGUAGCUACUGGAUUGGUUAUGGGAACUGUGGUUUCAGCUCCAGUACUUUUGUCUUCUGUAAAAAUGUUACAAGUGAGAAAUAUACAAGAUAUUGAUGUGUUCAAAAAACUAAUUGCGGAUGUUGCGAAGGACGUUAGCAUCAUAAGCCUGGUACUUUGUGUCUGGGUUGUUAUUGUUUUUGUUUCGUUGGGUUUGCAUAAACGCAUGAUCCAUAGAUGUGUGUUUGUUUUGGUAGGAUUACAAAUCAUUCAUGGAGCAAUGGGUGCGACACAUCAUAUAUUUUCACAUUCGAAAAGCGCUAAAUUGAUCAAGUUUUGUGUAUGGUUAAACAUAUUUAGCUUAAAUGCUAUGUCUUGUUGUGCUGCUAUUCUUGCUGUUGUCCUAGCCAUGUCAUUGUGCAGCAAUGCACACACAGUACGAAGAUAUUGGCUGUUUAUUUUGUUGUUUGGCAUGAUUCUACCAUCUGUAAUUGCAACAUGGUCUUUAUUGACAUUAAAUAAUAUUGUGGGGAUGGUGCAAAAUUCAAUGUAUUUCUCCCUGACAUACUGCUUUACAGAUAAGAUUACUGGAAUACUUUCUAUAACAACUAACACAAUUUCUGUUGUACUUAUAUUUAUGGCUUUAUUCAAAUUGAGCAGAAAAGAACUUUUUUCCAGUAAACCUACUUUGUAUGCACAAAAAGAUGAAAAGGAACCCAAGCAACCUCUUCUUAGUCCUUCAACAGAAAAUUGUGAAUCAUGUGUCCUUCAGAGUGAAGGUAUGUGUGAUGGAGACAUGAAGACACGUGGAAAUGCUGUUGCAGACAUCGAAAACUUAGAUGCAGAUGUUUGUCUAGUGAAACAAUCAAAUGAUGCAUUCAAUACCACGUCUGCAGACAAAAAUAUUGAAUUUGUUAAUAGUAUAUCAGACAUAGAAAAGAUUCAAUUAACCUGGCUUCGUGUUAAAAAUGAAAACCAUGUUACACAGCAUGUGGUCCUAAUCUUGAUUCUUUUGUUUUUAAUAAUUUUAAACAUUUCCCUGAUGGCGUGGUAUAUGCUACCUGGUACGCAUAACGAAGGCAUAUUUUUAGAAUUGGAAAUGCUGUCUGUUGUGUUGACAUAUGGUCAGGGUUUUUUUACUUUCUUUGUGUUUGGAUUUUUGAAAGAGCUAUCCACGCUGCCAGUGUUUGAAUGGCUAUUUCUGAUCUUCUCACGACAUUUAAACAAAAAAGUCAUUCUUCCAGAAAUAUCGAAUGUUGACAGCGAUGUUUUGCUCUUAUGCGAAAGAUUUCGAAAGCACCACAUGGAUAAUUGUGCGAAAGACAUCAUAUCUAACUUAAAGUUUCGUUUCAAAACUUAUGAGAAUGUGUUUAAAGGCUCAUGUCUGGUAACAUGGCUGGUCGAGUCUGGUUUGGUGAAUGAUCGAUAUGAAGCAGUCAAGUAUGGCAACCAUCUGUUAGAAGGACGGGUGAUCGAGCACUGCACAAAUCGGUAUUAUUUCCAUGAUUUGCCUUACAUAUACCAGUUUAAAAAGAAUGUAGAGAAAGUGGUGAGUAAAAAUAAAAAACGGAAAAAAAGAUUUACGAAAUAAAAAUUUUCGCUUUUUUGAUGUUGAACUUGAGCAUGCGAUCAAGGUAAAAAUAACGAUUAAUUUAGAAUUUUACUCUGUAGGUUGUUGUUGUUUGUAUUUAAAAUAAUGGUGUCAGUUGGAAAUUUUAUAUAUUUGUACUUAAGUUGAGAAGUUGUGUUCUGAAGGUCAACUGGAUUUAAAAAUAUAAUUUAUUUUUUAAUAGAAUUUUAGCAAAUAUAGAGAUGGGUGUAUAAAGAAUUUUAUUUAUUUUUGUUUUCAUGGCUUAGUUUUUAUUUGAGAGUGGAAACUAGUUUUUGAAACUUUUCAUUAUGAUCAAAGAUUAAUCGGUUAAUCUGAAAAAAAGUUGAUUUGAUUAGCUUACCGCUUAUAAAAAAUGGUUUUGUAUGGAACCAUUCUAACUGGUAUGGGAAGCCAUUAUUAAAAUGAUAAAAGAAAUAAAAAACAGCUUACAUAGCACACAACCCUUGGCGACUUGAGAAGGACAAGAGAAAUUGCUUCGAAUGUUUGUUUACAUAAGAAAAUUUAUUUUUCAAGUGAGGUAAUAAAACAGAUACUAAUUGGUUUUGACGUAAAAUACAAUGCCCUCGUCCAAAGUUACAGACCAUUCACGCUUGGUCUGUACUGUUCACCUCAGGUUUUGUAUUUUACAGUACAACUAAAAACUUAGCUUUCAUUGUUUAGUAAGCAAUGUUGGAUAAUAAAAUUGAUUCUCGCAUUUGUUAAAUAGAAUUUAUAUACAGUAAAUACAUAUAUUUAAAUUGCUUGUUGCAGCUACUUCUAUUAUUUCUACUGGUUAUUUCAUUAAAAUAUUUAUACUGCGAAAUGUUUUGUAUGCAGUGGAUUAUUUUGAAUUAUUAUUUAUGUAUGUGGGUAUUUACAAGGCUGGUGUUAGUAACAAAUUUAUUUUUCUUUAUUUAAAAAAUAAAUGGCCUGUUUUCAAAAA